AUGGAGCAAUUCGGGAAAUUGUCCUUAAACAAUAGUAAUUUGAAUCCAGAGGUGGCCAUGCAUCAUCUUAUUACGACUCUUAGACUAUGCUCGUUUGCCGACAACUUGUGCAAAAAACCUAUGGCUGAUUUGGACGAGCUCCGAACGAGGGCCACAAAUUUUAUGCAAAUGGAAGAGUUGAAGGAAUUUUGCAACACCACUUGUGUGGAGACCCACGACAGGAAACAUUCUGAGAAAGAAAAGGUAGUAACCUCACGGUCGGGCCCCAGGUUCAGAGAACAAAGACAACCAAAGUACAGAAGGUAUACCCCGUUGAUAUCCAACAGGGUAAGGAUUCUGGAGGAAGCCCUCAAUGCUGACCUUAUAUCCACUCCUAGAAAGGUCCCAACUCCCCAUCUUUCGAAUACCACGAAGCAUUGUCGUUACCACUGGAAUUUUGGCUAUACCACGGAGGAGUGCUUCACGCUAAAGAAUAAGAUUGAGGAGCUGAUACAAGUUGGACACCUAAAGAUGUUUGUCAAAUGUGAAGAUGGGGGAUAUUCAUCCUGGAAGGAGGACCGAGAGGGAGGAAAUGAGAGGAAGAGGUACAGAGCAUCAGCGUACGGAGGAAGGCACAAGUAUAACCUAAGAAGGAAGGUCGAUCAUAAAAGAGAUGAGCAACGAGAUAUACAGGAAAAGCCAUUGAGGGGAGUAAUCAAUUAUAUUGUAGGGGGCUUCGUUGGCGGAGGCUCAACUGCGUUUGCCAGGAAGAAAUACGUACGAGCAGUUCAGAGUGUCAAUGCCACUUUUGUAUAUCAGCGUAGGCGCAUGCCGCCUAUCACCUUUCGGGACAACGAUUUUCAAGCCGUUGACCCUGAACAUGACGAUCUGAUGGUGAUAUCGGUGGAAAUUGAAGAUUUCGCAGUAAGGAAGACCCUCGUGGAUCAUGGGAGCUCGGAGGAUAUCCUAUAUUGGAGUACUCUCAAAAAGUUAGGAAUCUCCGAAACAGAUAUUCAACAUUAUUCGGAACCCAUAGUAAGCUUUUUAGGAGAGCGGAUGGACAUGAGAGGCUACAUUGAUCUUUUCACCAAGUUCGGAGGAGGAAAAGUUAUGAGGACAGUAAAGAUUUGA